CUGCUCCUCCUGCUCCUCCUGCCUCCUCUGGCCCAGCCGCGGUGUCUGUAUCUGGGGUUCAGGAUGAGGAGAGACCCCCGCCGACUGGAGACACCUGGAGCUCAUCUGGCAGGAUGGACACCUGAGGCCUGCAGCAGACGAAGCUGGAAGUCUUUUGUUGGAACGAACCGGCCAAGAGAAGAUAAAAGCUGAUCGAUAUACGUCGAGUUCACGAAUCCAGGACGAUGAACCGAACAUGGAUGAGGAGGACUCAGCCUCUAAAGCUGAUUGGACCACAGAGGCGCCACAACGACGCCGAGAACAAGAGGCGAUAUCUGGCUGUGAACUAAACAGCGUUCAGCAAGAUCUCAGACAUUCAGAGAGACUCCUGAGCAGAGACGGAGAACCAGAUGACGGACGGGAGGAUCGGUGUUCGGCUUCAGUGUGUGAGUAUCUGGACAGCUGUUUCCCUGCAGCUCAACCAGAACCACCAGAACGACCUGAACCUGAACCUGAACCUGGCGCCCCCCCUCUGUCCACCCAGACUCAGUACCUCACCACCUGGACUCUGAGUCAGGCAUUAAUCCUGAGAGGCAGGAGUGGAGUCCAACCAGCAACCAGCCCUGAGAAAGCUCCACCCCCUAAAACACCACCCAGAAACACCCAAUCGCCUCCAUCCGCCUCCUCCAGCACCCCGGAGCUCUUCAGCCCUCUGACCCCGUCACCUGGAGCCUCCGCCGAAGGGCUCUUGGGCCAACCCAGCGCGACCCCGAGGGCGGAGGAAGGAGGCGUCGUGGUCGAGGUCACCGCGGACGGGGUUCUCUGCUCCCAGGAGGCGGAGCAACAGGAGUCCAGGACCCCCGAAGACUCUUCUUCCAGACCCCAUCAAUUCAAGAAAGCUCGAAUCUCAGAAGCAUCCGCCGCCACCCCCUCCAUCGCCACCGCCGGGCUCCGAAGUCCCACCACACUUCUGAUCCGGUGUGACAAACGGGGGGUUCGGCUCUCGGUUCUGGUGGCGGUGGUUCACCCCUGUCACCUGAAGGAGGUGAAGGUGAAGUCCGGGCCGGCGGCAGGAACUUCAGUCCCUCUGGCGUCCAUCGUGGUGACGGACCAAUCAGGCGUUGAGAUGAAGGUGGUGCUGUGGCGACGGGCGGCGUUCUGGGCAUUGACCGUCAGUCCUGGAGACGUUCUGCUCAUCACAGGACUGCAGGUGAAUGAAGACAGGUGGAGAGGAGAGACGGUGCUGCAGUCGACCUUCAGCAGCAGACUGCUCAACCUUGGACGUGUCACCGCCUCCACCUUACCGCCAGCUCCUCAGCAUGUCGAUCCCCGCUCUCUCAGCUCCCUGUGUGGCUUUCUUCGUGAGCGGCGCCCCCUGCUGGUGUCAUUGAAGCUCCGCCCACCUCAGGACCUGAGCCGCCUCCCCUACGCCACCCUGAGGUCGCUGAGGGUCAACACGCUGGUCCACGCUCUGCUGCGUGUCACGCACACACACAUCAGCACAGUUUGGCGGAGUGAGGCAGAGUCUCGCUGCAGGUCAGCUGUUCAGCUGCAGGCUGUUCUGACUGUGGAGCAGCCGCACGGCCAGCAGGGGGCGCUACUGCUGUGGGGAGCAGCAGUGGACUGGCUGCCUCGCUUCAACAGAGACAAAGCGGCUGUGUGGGACUUUCGGUUCCUCCUUGUGAGGGAGGGUUUGACCUCCGACCUCACCGAGCUGCACUCCACCCCCUGGAGCUCGGUCCGGCCUCUGGACCCUGCCAACCGCCGGGCGCAGGACUUCCUUCAACCGCGGUCAGUCCCAACAGGAAACAGAGGCAGUCUGGAGCUGGACCUCGACACGCUGCUGUCUCAGAAAUACAGCGGUGAUGUGGAGCUCAGAGUCCAGUUCACCGCCUUCCACUUCCAGGACUCUUCGCCUUCCCAGAAUGCACCUCAGCCAGUCUUGGACAGCUCUACCCCGCUGGAUGAUAUCCUGGUGGCGCUGAAUGGUGACAUCACCUACACCGGCUGUGGUCGCUGCUCCGCCGAGCUUGAUAGCGAUGCAAAUGGCAUCUACGGCCCCUGUUACCCCUGCCUGCCCCACACCGCUGUACGCCGCUACUACAGGCCAGGUGUGUUGACAGUGAGUGGGCGGGGCAUCUGUCAGGUGCGUGUUCAGGUUCCUCCUGUUCCGCUGCAGAAGAUCCUCGAGGCUCCACCCGAUAAACUCAGCAGGAGCUCAGGUGGGACACAGAGUGACUUCCUUCUCUCUGUUUUGUGUCUCUCAGCUCCAGGCUCCGAGGUGAAGAACAUCCAGGUGGCAGCAGAGAAGAUCCAGACCUUCCUCUCACUCCCAAGAAAAACCUUCAUCCUCACUAUUCGUAGCCACUUCCUGUGCGACGAAAACAGCGUCCCCAUCAGUCAGGACUUCACGCUGCUGGACCUUCAGUUGGCCGGCUGAUGGACUGUGGAGGGCGAAGGUUGGACUGCUUCAACCUGAUAUGGUUUGUUGGAAUGUGUUGAGCGGAUCAGCAGGAUCUUCUUAGUCCUCCCGAAAACACAAGAGCACAAAAGUGUAAGGAACAUUUAUCUGCUCUAGUGUGAGCUGCUAACGUUAGCAUGCCCGGCUAACUAGCUUUACUACCUACAGAAGUCACUUCCAAGGACAAGGACGUUUUCAGUGGCCAACUACGGUGGUUUGUGGAUUCUAAAAGUCAACCAACCAACUCACGGAGCUAACGUUAGCUCCAUCAGCUAGCUAGCCCGAGUGAACAUUCCCCAUCACAGACCUUUGGUGCAUAUCAUGACCCUCUCUCUAGCCUUGUUUCCUACAUAUCAUACUUCCAGUUCCAAAUACGUUCAGAAACACUUUUUCCAUAGUUUACACACAUAAACACACCACCGGGCUGACCAGAGGGUGUUCAGAUUACUUGGAUUUGUUGCAGUCGGUCCCAAUUUUUUUAAUUAGGUAGAACAAAGUCCAGACCAGAGGCGUCCAAGACUGAUUGG